CAGAACAGACAAAGUCUUCCAUCUCUGUUAAUCCUCUCCUGAUACGGAAGAUUUCCCUGCCAUUAAAUGAUAGCUUUUGAGAGUGGGAAAAAAAAUGCAUCCUCUCCAGAAGAGCUGAGCUGGAGGAACAAAGGACAGCACAGCUGCCACCAUGACAGAUUUGGAAAAUUGCUUGCCAGACUUGAGAUGCCGCUAGUGAAUAAUCAGGGUAAUGUUUGUCAUCAUUUUAAAUGUUUUCCUUUGCAUCCCCCGCGUCUGCUCUGUGUGGGCCUGUGUUCGCUCUUGCCCUGUCAGCUGUGUGUGCACUCAAGAGAGGAGCUGCUCCAUCCUUUGUGACCGAGCUGGCCUUACGCAGAUCCCCAGUGAGUUUCCUUGUGAAGCCUACUCUAUUAACCUGGAUAAAAACAGCAUCAAAUUCCUUGCUGAGAGGGCAUUCGGUACCCUUCCAUCCCUCAGAUCACUCUCAUUAAGUCACAACAAUAUAUCUUUCAUCACUCCUGGAGCUUUCAAAGGGCUAGCUAGCUUGACAGAGCUAAGAAUGGCCCAUAACGAAUACAUUCGGUAUCUGCAUACGAGGACAUUCACUUCGCUCAAGAGGCUAGUAAGACUGGAUUUAGCAGACUGCAACCUUUUCAAUAUUCCAGACAGGAUUUUUAUAGAGCUUCCAUCUCUUAGGGAACUCUUUUGCUUUCAGAACAACUUCCGAAGGAUUCCAGGAGCUAUAAGAGGGAUGGAGAAUUUGACCCAUGUUUAUCUGGAGAAAAACAGGAUAGAAGCUGUAGCUUAUAAUUCCCUCCUGGGUCUGACCCGACUGAAAUAUCUCAAUCUGCAAGACAACAGAAUAAAUGUAAUCCAUGACAGGGCAUUUCAGGAUUGUAAGAAAGUGGAGUACCUUUAUUUAAAUGACAAUUUUAUCAGCGAUCUCCCUGAAAAUUCCUUUGAUGGUCUGCAGCGACUGAAGAUGCUCAACAUUGGUGGAAACCUCCUCAGGAAUGUCUCCCAUACCUGGUUCCGGGACCAGUUUGAACUGGAAGUUUUGUAUUUGGACAGAAACCGGAUCAGCUACAUUGAGGAAGGGGCUUUUGAAAACCUCACAAGCUUGGUGUCUUUGCACUUGAACAGUAACAAUUUAACCACCUUGCCUUUCUCAGUCUUCCAGCCUGUCUACUUCAUAGGGAGACUCUACCUUUUCAGGAACCCCUGGGAAUGUGACUGCAGGAUUGAGUGGCUUAAGGAGUGGAUGGAAAAUUACAGACUUGUUAGAGAUAUUCCUUGUGCCUCCCCAUCUUCUGUGGCUGGUCUUGACUUAACGGAGGUUGCUUUUGAGAGGACACUCGAUGGCUUCUGUCUCGAUCCAGAAGAGUUAAAUGCCACAGCCUACAGUCUUUUUCCAACAGGAGAGCCACAGUCGACCACAGAGAACAGGUUUAACAGCCUUAUCUCCAAAUUUCUACUCCAGAAGGGCCUUUCAGAAGAAGUAGUAAACACCACAGAGAGUUUUAUCAAUACUACUUUGUUCGAUGGAUUGGCUAAUCAGGCAUCCUUUGGACUAGGGGAAUCCAGUAUCAAACUAUUGUGUUCUUUUAACCUUUGGCUACUCAUUAUAUCUCAAGCAGUAGAGGGUAAAUAGCUCACAGCAUUUCUCAGAUUAAUUAAGAAUUUAGUUUUUGUACAGGAUAAAAGCCAUUAUGGACAGUCAUGGAUCAGUGAAAAGUGGCUGCAUGGUAAAGUUGAAGGGUUUUUUUUCCUACUAGGAAGAUUUUGGAAAACAGUCUUAGUCAACCUGAAUUUAAAGCAGCAGGCUUUUAUAUAGGAUCAGUAAAACAUUUUGUUUUACAUGUAGAGUGCUAUUAUAAUUGCAUAAAAGGAGGGGAAACCUGAUGCUGUUAAAAUGCUGAGAAACAAGGAGAAAAUUAUUCUGCAUGGAUCCUCUAUAUCUGGUAAUCACAAAUUUAGCAGGAUCUAGUUGUUGUUUAUCAUGUUUUCUUUUCCACUCAAAGCUCUUAUAAACACAGCCCCUGACAAGGAUAUUCCACAAUUUUCAAAUAAUUAUUUUCAUUGUCUAUGUUUUGCAUUAUUCCUCAUUUUACUGUGGAGGAAAUCUCACUGUUACUAAAAUACACCACACUUGUGAGACUGGUUCUACCGAGAAAGCCCUGUCAUAUUUACUGAUCUAAUUCAAGUCUCCUCAGAGGAUGAUAAAAUGCAAUCAAAGCUGCCUUUGCUUGUCUUUCUCACGAUUCAGGAAUUCCAUAAAAUUUAUUCUAAAACGAGCAACCUUAAACUCAUGUUCCUCAGCAAAUUAUAUUUGCAGGUGUAUUGCCCCUGUUAGUGGAGGUAACAUAUUGCCAUUUCUUAUCUUCCAUUAGUUUAUGUAAGCCCAUUUCAAGAACCAUCCACACUGGCAGCAAUCACUAUCUCGUGGUAGAAAAAGUACUUUUCCCUUGUCACGAAACUCCACUAUUCACUUCAGUAGGUUCUAGUAUUUUGAGGGAGUACACUGUGUUCCCAGUAUGGUCACACUAUACAUGUGUGUAAAGGUAUGAAAUGGAGGGCUCUAGCUUUGAUUCUUUUGUUAAUGAUCCCAAAGAGUAUCACAGUCACUACUAUGCAUGGUUUUCAUUCUGCGUCUAUCACACCUCUAACCUGGUUAGUCAGUCGUGGGUCUCUCAGAUGCCAUUAGAAUAAUUGUGAAGUUAGGAUCUUUUGUUUAAAAUUGUGGCACUUUAUACUUGCUUGCAUUAAACUGCAUUUUCCAUUUUAAUAUGCAUGUAUCCACUUUAGAAAUCACUGUAUUUCAGAGUUCUUCAUAAUCUGCAUGACUUUUAGAAAUAAUGUGUCAUUUGCAAAGCUGACUACUACACUUCUCGUCUGAAU